CAGCUUGUUUGCACUGGGGCUUAUCCGGAGCGGAAAUUCCUUUCCGUUUUUGUGAAUGACAAACUCAUUAACAAUUCAUCAACACAACCUGUUCCAGCCGGCCCGUCCCCACGGCAACAGCCCCUUCCGCAGCGCGCUCAUUGGCUGGCCGAGAGAAUGUAUCCAUUGAGACGUUGGCUGUUUGUAUCCAUUGAGGAGCUGCCUCGCGCAGGGGGUGUGCUCUCGCCGAGUCCUAGGGACUGUGAGCACACCGAGUCUAGAAUCCAACCGGGUUGGAUCUGAGGUGCAGCCUCACAGGGAAGGAUUAGGAGCCGCUAGACAUUUUUUGUUUUGUUUUGUUUUCUUUUCUUUUUCUCCUCUCAGUGGCACGGAGUCCGAAUUAAUUGGAGUUCGUUCACUGAGGAGGAACAAACCUGGGCACCUUCAUUCAGAGAGAUUCGCUGACUCCAAGCGUGAUCCCUGCAGCCCGGUGCAGAGGGACCACCGACUUGGCUCCUGUGUCGCCUUCCUUAACCGCUAGUCUCGGCUUGGGAAAGGCGAGGCACAACCGAACUCCGCUCCGAGAGCGGCAGCUUCGCGCAGCGUGCUCGGCCUAUGCCUGCCUCGAGGGGCGUCUGCUAGGCACCCCGCCUUCUCCUGCAGCUCGACCCCCAUGAUAGAUACGCUCAGACCCGUGCCCUUCGCGUCGGAAAUGGCGAUCAGCAAGACGGUGGCGUGGCUCAACGAGCAGCUGGAGCUGGGCAACGAACGGCUGCUGCUGAUGGACUGCCGACCUCAGGAGCUGUACGAGUCGUCGCACAUCGAAUCGGCCAUCAACGUGGCCAUCCCGGGCAUCAUGCUGCGGCGUCUGCAGAAGGGCAACCUGCCCGUGCGCGCGCUCUUCACGCGCUGCGAGGACCGGGACCGCUUUACCAGGCGCUGCGGCACCGACACCGUAGUGCUCUACGACGAGAACAGCAGCGACUGGAAUGAGAACACAGGUGGCGAGUCGGUCCUCGGGCUUCUGCUCAAGAAACUCAAAGACGAGGGCUGCCGGGCGUUCUACCUAGAAGGUGGCUUCAGUAAGUUCCAGGCCGAGUUCUCCCUGCACUGCGAGACCAAUCUAGACGGCUCGUGCAGCAGCAGCUCCCCGCCCUUGCCAGUGCUAGGGCUCGGGGGCCUGCGGAUCAGCUCCGACUCUUCCUCGGACAUUGAGUCUGACCUUGACCGAGACCCCAACAGUGCAACGGAUUCGGACGGCAGUCCACUGUCCAACAGCCAGCCUUCCUUCCCGGUGGAGAUUUUGCCCUUCCUUUACCUGGGCUGUGCCAAGGACUCCACCAAUUUGGACGUGUUGGAGGAGUUUGGCAUCAAGUACAUCUUGAAUGUCACCCCCAAUUUGCCCAACCUCUUUGAGAAUGCGGGGGAGUUCAAAUACAAGCAAAUCCCUAUUUCGGAUCACUGGAGCCAAAACCUGUCCCAAUUUUUCCCUGAGGCCAUCUCUUUCAUAGAUGAAGCCCGAGGCAAAAACUGUGGUGUCUUGGUGCAUUGCUUGGCAGGCAUCAGCCGCUCUGUCACAGUGACGGUUGCUUACCUCAUGCAGAAGCUCAACCUGUCCAUGAACGAUGCUUAUGACAUUGUCAAGAUGAAGAAGUCCAACAUCUCACCCAACUUCAACUUCAUGGGCCAGUUGCUUGACUUUGAAAGGACACUGGGACUCAGCAGCCCCUGUGACAACCGUGUUCCGGCACAGCAGCUCUACUUCACUGCUCCCUCCAACCAGAAUGUCUACCAGGUGGACUCGCUGCAGUCUACGUGAAAGGCACCCAACUUACCUAGCUGGGAGUGUUCCUGUUCCUGCAGCAGUUUCUCUUGGGCAGCAACAAGCAGGCUGCUUUCUUUGUGUGUGGCCCCCGGUGUCAAAAUGUCACCAGCUGUCUGUAUUAGACAAGGUUGCCAAGUGCAAAAUUGGUUAUUACAGAGGGAGAGAUUUGCUCCAUCCUCUUUGGAAGGACUGGACAUGCUGUCUAGGUCCAGGCAAUGGGUUUGCUCCCGUACCCCCAGCCUACCCAAGCAGGGACUGGACAUCCAUCCAGAUAAAGAGGACCAAGAAGUAGGGUAGGGGCAUGUGUUCUUUAGGGCCUUGUAUGGCUGUUUCCUGUUGCAUCUGGAACUAUGUAUUGUCUUCAGUGAAGACUGACUCAACUUUGCAUAUAGUGGAGCCAAAGAUUUUAGCUCUGUAUUUGUGGUAUCAGUUUGGAAAAGAAAAACAAAACUGAUAACUCUUAUUUGAUUAUUGUAAAUAUUUGAUCUUCAAUCACUUGACGGUGUUCGUUUGGCUUGUGUUUGUUUUUAUCUUUGGGUAUGGUAUAAACGAAGUCCAAAGGGAGAGAAAGAGCAGUGUGCCACUUCUUAAAACUAAAGGAAAAAUAAAAAAAAAAAAAAUAAGGAAAGUCGUGCUCUUCUCUAAUCCAAAGGGUAUAUUUGCAGCAUGCUUGACCUUAUUGUACCAAUCCUGAUGACCUUUUCAUGGAUAUUAUUACCAUUAAGACUUUGUUACGGUGCAGUCUUGGGUCUCUUCAUAUAUCUUGUGAUUCCCCCCCCCCCCUUAAUGUACUUCGACUCUGCCUUACCUUUGUAAAUAUUUGGCUUACAUUGACUCAAGGGGGAGGGUGAAUCUGGGAAAGACACCAAAAUUGUGGGUUCACUUUUUUUUUUUAACUUCAGCUGUGCUAAACAGUCUAUUACCUCUGUACAAAAUUCUUCAGGGAGUGUCACCUCAAAUGCAAUACUCAUGGUUGGUUUCUUUCCUUUAAGAAAAAUUAUACAAAACUGGAAGUGUGUGUCUAUGUGUGUGUGAGCAUGGGUACCCAUUUGAUAGGUGGGAUGCAUCGGGCCGUGGAGAAGGAAGAGUUAAGUUGCUCCAUGAUGUUCCGGGUGUAAAGUUUUGAGCUGGAAUUUAUAAGAAUGUAAAACCUUAAAUUAUUAAUAAAUGACUAUUUUGGCUAUUGAA